AUGGGCGCCUCCCUGCGCCAGUCGUGGUCGCGGUCAGCCCUCAUCAUCCCGGCCCUUCAGGCCCCAGUCAUUCACUCCUACACUACCUCCUUCCAAGGAGCAUGCAUCACAUGGUCAGAGUGGGCAUGGUUGGAAGGAGAUGCCAAGCUUAGGCAUAAGCCCAUUGCCUUCAUCAGUGCUGGCUUCGUCGAGCCACUCAAAGAACUGAAGGAGCUGGAACGCCCUGAGUCCGGAGAAGUGACCGAAUCUGUGAAUGAUAAUCCGGAAACCAAUGGAAACAUUGAUGCGUCCGCAUAUCCUAAUGCAGCAACUCCCGAAACUGAAGUACUCAAUCGUGUCACUGUUGAAACAACUGUCGAGACAACUAUCCGCUUCAUCGAACAACCAAGACUCAACCAAAGUGCUGUUAUCUCCAAGUCUGUCACAGCAGUCGGCAAUGGCUCCUCCGCAGCUGAAGAGGUUGAACAGGUCGAAAAGUGUGAAGUCGAAGAGAUCACAACAGCCAAAGAGACCAUACAGACCGAUAAAGAAAUCCAGUCUAAUGACGGGCUUUUUGUUUUCGACCUUGAAGGAGACGAGUCCAUGUUGGAAAAAUUAACCCAGGCCCCACCCCCAAAGCCUCCUCCAGCAGAAAAGGAAAAAAAGACGUCAUCAAAACCUGCUUCUCCGAGAGCAUCAUGUGGCUCCGACUCGAGCGAGGAAGUCAUUCUAUUUAAAGGUCGGCUGGCGGCCGCUAAGGGGACAAGUAAACGGCUUGAUCAGUCCUCUACACCCGAAUUCUCCACAUUUCAGAAGUCAUCUCAAGAUAGCAAACCAUCUGCGGAACAAAAGUCCUCAAACGCAAGAAAGACCAGAGCGCUCGUAGUGGCCCCUCACAACAGGACUUCUCAAAACGAUACAUUGGCCUUUGGGAUGUCCCGCAAAAAGCAGUUGAAGGGAAGACGAAACAGCCGUCACCCUCCCCCUAUGGAGGAAGAUUCCGAAGAAGAUGCAAUCUUGGCAGAUUACAUCGAAAACAUGGCCGCAAAUGACGAAGACGAUUUCUUUUCUCAACAGCUGCAGGCCCUCUCUGGCUACAGAGACCUGGGAGGCGAUCAUGAUUCUGUCAAUUUUGGUAGGGAGGACGAGUUUGGACUUUUCAAGACUGGCGACUCUCUAGGAGAAGAUAGCGGGUCAGAGGUGUCGGGAGCUAGUGGCACUAGUGAUGUCGAAACCACCGACAUGUUGAACGAAGAGAAGAGUGAAAGCGAGGAGGACGAGAGUAUGGCUGAAGAUAUGGAUGAUGAAACGCUUGCCCAGCUUCUUGCUAAGCAAGAAGAGCAUGGGAUGGGAAGCGAUAAGCUACUCUUGUUCAACAGCUCCGCAGCCGCAAAAAGGGACAAGGGGAGGCAGCAAAAACAGCAUACGACUCUUCCUUCUGCCAGUCAGGUCGCCGACGCACUUGAUAACCUGGAAAUUGGGGAAUGGGGUGCACCCUACCUCCGACAUCCUCGCAAGAGGCGUAGCAAGCAGCCACCCAAUUUCAACGUUUCCGAUUCCGAAGUCGAAGCUGCCCUUCGAGCUGCGUGGCAGCGCGAUAGGGAGCGUAAAAAGGAACGCAAGAUGGCCCGUGAGGCACUUCGCAGUCAGGGUUUGUUGGGGAAAAACGCAGACUUGAACGAUCUGCGCGUCAAGUAUCCGCAUGGUAUGAAGUUGGAUGACAUGAAAGCUGAACUGGUUUCUUUCCUACUCAGCUCAGCAGAACGACUCGAGUUCCCUCCUCUUGACAAACACGCUCGCAAGAUCCUCCACGAACUUGCGAAUAAGUUUAACAUCACAUCCAAAUCGUCCGGAUCGGGUGAUCAGAGGCGCCCCGUGUUUUACAGGACCAAGCGCACCGUCCGAUACGCUUCGACAAAGGUCGAGGAGGCAACUAACCAUGUCGACAAGGCAGCUAUGCGCAUCCACCGCAAGUACUUCCACCGCGUCGAUAUUCGGGGCCACAAGCCUUCUAAGUUACCCAGUGUUACUGGUGAGAGCAAAGCUCGAAGCAGCUACAAAGCUCUCAUUUUGCGCGAUGGAGAGAUUGUGGGAGCUUCAGUUCCAGAACUCGGGCAGGAUAACAAGGGACGUGCAAUGUUGGAAAAAAUGGGCUGGACCAAGGGCAUGGCGUUGGGAGCGGCAGACAACAAGGGCAUCCUGGAGCCCGUCGCUCAAGUCGUCAAACGCUCGAAGGCAGGCUUGGGAUAA